CUUUCUUUUUUGUUCGUUUGUUUGGAUGUUAACGAGUGGCGAGAAGUUGGAGUCGUCUUGUGUGCGAGAAAAAGCCUCGAUUUCUCCGGGUGUUUUUGGAUCUCUGAAUCUCUGACGCUGAUGCGUUUCUUGAUGUGUCAGACUAAGACAGAGAGGCUUUGCUUGUUCUUCUGGCGCGUGUGCUUGGCUCAGCUCAAGCUGGGGAUCUUCCUGUGGUGAUUCUUUUUUCGUUUUUUUUCUUUUUUUUUGUGUUUUUGGGGAGGUGAGGUCGGCAGGUUCGGUUUUCUUGUGGUGAGGAGUAUCUGUCAAAAGGCUGGAUUUUUAUAUAUUGCCAAAAAAAAAUGUGUUCUUCAAUUUUAUUUGUGGCUGUCUUGCCAAAUGAUACUAGCUGGCUGUUUGGCUGAAUAAAGCUGUCCUGAAGGAGUGGAAUGCUCGUCGGUGAUUAGUAGGUCACCAGAAUAUCUUCUCUCCUAGCCUCCUGGGCUUGUUUACCCAAUUUAUCAUCAGCUUCCUGAAAUCUGAAGAAAAUAAAUUCGGUUUUACUACCACCAUGGGUGCCUGCGUGUCUUCAAGCAAAAAACGGAGAUCACAGAAAUUGUGCUGUAUAUACCGGCGUUACCGCGGAAAAGUUUUGAGCAAUGCACCUAUAGUACGCGCCAGUGAUGCAGGGAGCCGUGCUGCUCCUGGAGAAGUUGUUCAUGUGGAGGCUAAAUCUGAUGGCUCGAAUGUAACAUUUCAUCUCACACAGUUGCAGUGGCAUCAUAGUGAGCUAGACUCAGAAAAUGGAAAUGUUGUGUGUCAAGAAGAAGCAUGGUUCGACUCUCUCAGUAUUUUAGGAUCUGAUUCUGAUGAAGAUUUCAGCAGUGUUAAUGGAGACCUCCCUGCAAUGUCAAAUUCAGCGGGUACACAAUUAAUGCACUGUGAAGAUGCUUCAAGCAUUGCUGAUGCAAUCCAGAAGUUUGAGAGGAUUUUUGAUGGUUCAUGUGUUGCUCAAGCCAUUGGACAAUACCUGAAAAGAGACGCGAACAAAAUGGAUAGACCAAACCAAGCAGAUAUUCAAGAAUCGGAGAAGCCUAAAAUUCCAAGCCCAGAAUCAUGUGAUGUAUCUGAUGUGAAGGUUGAUGAAACAAAGACUAGAAAUGAGGGUAUAAAAAUUCUGACAAAACUCAGAAGAGGCGAGGAUGCAUGUAAUACGUUGAAAUCUUCGAAAGAAGGAGACAAGGCUCAUGAAAGUAUCUUCAAAAGUUUGACACCAGUGUGCACGCCUCGCCAUGCUAAUAAGGUUCAGCCUUUGGCCGUAGCAAGUCCUCGGGGCCAAAAGAAGAAAUCAGGAGUUGUCAGGCUCUCUUUCAAGAGGAAAUCUUUUGAUGGAGAACAAACUACUGAAAUAUGCUCUUCUAGGAGGUACUUGAUUCAUCCAAGAGCUGGAUUGUUGGUUCCUCAAGGCAGUGAGAAAAUAUCAGAAAGUUGUUGGUCCGUUCUUGAGCCAUCGACCUUCAAACUACGUGGAGAAACCUUUUUUAAAGACAAAAAGAAGUUGCCUGCCCCAGGAAGUUCACCGUAUACUCCGAUUGGUGUGGACAUGUUCAUGUCCCCAAGGAAAAUUCAUCACAUUGCGCAGCAUAUUGAGCUUCCAUCUGCUGGGCCAAGCGAGAAAAUUCCUUCCUUACUUAUCGUUAAUAUUCAGAUGCCUACAUAUCCUACUGCUAUGUUCCUUGGUGAUAGUGAUGGGGAAGGCAUUAGUCUAGUGUUGUAUUUCAAACUGAAUGAGAACUAUGAGAAGGAAAUUUCUCCUCUGUUUCUUGAUAGUAUAAAGAGACUUGUAAAUGAUGAGAUAGAAAAGGUUAAGGGGUUCCCAUUAGAUUCAACGGUUCCGUACCGAGAAAGAUUGAAAAUAUUGGCAGGGUUAGUAAACCCUGAUGAUAUGAAUCUGAGUUCUGCAGAGAGGAAGCUUGUGCAGGCUUAUAAUGAAAAGCCAGUCCUUUCGCGACCUCAACACAAUUUUUAUGUGGGACCAAAUUACUUUGAGAUAGACCUUGACGUGCACCGGUUUAGCUUCAUCUCAAGGAAAGGGCUUGAAGCGUUUCGAGAAAGGUUGAAACAUGGUGUCAUUGAUCUAGGUUUAACCAUACAGGCACAGAAGCAGGAAGAACUCCCUGAGAAUGUCCUAUGCUGUGUAAGGCUGAACAGAGUCGAUUUCGUCGAUCAUGGGCAGAUACCGACGCUCUUGCCUUGCGACGACGACUGACAUUUUAACCGGCAUGCUAAUUUAACUGGAUCUGAUGCUUCAGUCAAGAGCAGUAGGCCAGUAGCAGGCGACCACAAGUUCUGUCCUGUGAAACUUGAUGAACUCACCUUGGUUUUGGGAGGGUGAACAUGGCAUGGUUGCUUCUUCGCUCUGGUCCAUGAGAUCAACGGCUCUACUUCAGAGUUCUGUAAAAACCAGCGUACAUAGUCAUGCAUGUUGUUUGGAAAUCUGGUUUGUGGAUGAAUUCUAUGGGAAAUUUGUUCUGCAAAUCAGGAAUUGGCUGGUACCAAUCAAUCUAUUCAUUCAAUUCAUCUGUUCUCAUUCCAUA